GGAAGGCGGAACAGGAAUGUCGUGCUGAAUGUCAACCUGCUUUGAAAGCCAGGAGAGUUUCGGCCCAGCGGUGUUGUCGGUCGUCUUGUUUUGAUUUUUUUCCUGCGUGAGAAGGGUCCCUCCGUAACCUCCCCCCGACCGAGACCAUGGCUGGUGUUUUGGCUCGCAAAGCGGUUGAUCACCUACGGAGCAAGGAGUUCAGGGAUUACUUGACGAGCACGCACUUCUGGGGACCUGUGGCUAACUGGGGGCUUCCCAUUGCUGCCAUCACUGACAUGAAGAAAAGCCCAGAGAUUAUCAGUGGCAGGAUGACCUUCGCUCUUUGCUGUUACUCCCUCCUGUUCAUGAGAUUUGCCUACAAAGUGCAGCCCAGGAAUUGGUUACUGUUUGCCUGCCACAUCACAAAUGAGACUGCUCAGCUCAUUCAGGCCGGGAGACUAAUUAAAUACAAAAUGGAGAAGAAACAGGCCAGUUAGUGACAUGGGGCCUUGAGACUUCUUCAGAAUGACCUGCAAUUUAAAUAACAGAACAAGCCAAUUUGAUUUUUAAUCUCGCAUGGAGCACCUCACAUGAACUGAGAAAUUGACUGUUACAUCUUUCAAGGUUUUGAAGGAUAGGCAUACAGUAUAUCACGCAAUGUAAUUUAUGAUUCUCACUUGUUGACAUGAGUUUUUGUUCAAUGGUUCCAUUUCAAGUACGUUUGUAUAAUCAUAUGAUUUGUGAAUUAGUUUUUCCAAGUAGUUUUUUUUUUCCAUUUGCAGAGUAAAUGACAAGGCUUUUAAAUAUGUUUCAAACAUUGACACUGGAAGUUUUUAACCUUCAUGCUGAUGGACUAAUUACUAUUUGCCAUUAAGGUCAGUUUAAUUUAUGCUGUAUGUUAAGUCAAGGCCAAUCUUGGAAAUUUCUAGGUUUAUUCUUGAAUAAAGUUAAUUUAAAAAUAUAAAACA